ACUCAUAUUUUAUUUUCUUAAAAAUAUUUCUGUUUGAAAACACCAAGAAUAUGAAGAGAAUUGUAAAAAAUGAGAUUGUGAUUGUUGGAGGUGGUAUAUGUGGCCUUGCAACAGCCCUUGCCCUUCAUAGGAAGAAAAUAAAAAGUUUGGUGUUAGAAAAAUCGGAGGAGUUAAGAGCUACAGGGGCAGCUAUAAUUGUGCAAGCUAAUGGAUGGCAUGCACUUGAUCAGCUUGGUGUUGGUUCAAUGCUUAGACAAACUGCCAUUCAGAUACAAGGGGGAAAAUUCAUAUCUAUAAGUGAGGAUGAGCAAAAGGAAGUAGCAUUUGGGAUUAAUCAAGAAUUUAGGUGCUUAAAGCGCACUGAUUUGAUCAAAGCCAUAGCCAAUUGUUUGCCUAUGGAAACUAUAAGAACUAGCUGUCAAGUAGUUUCUAUAGAAUUAGAUUCAGCUACACACUAUCCACAGCUUCUGCUUAGCAAUGGAAGUAUCCUUCAAGCCAAGGUUGUUAUUGGAUGUGAUGGUGUGAAUUCUAUCAUAGCAAAUAUGGUUGGACUACACCAAACAAAGCUCUUGCGUUUCUCUACAUGUGUUGCUAGAGGCUUCACAAAGUACCCAAAUGGUCAUCAAUUUCCUAGUGAGUUUGCUGUUAUAAGCAGAGGUCAAGUCCAACUUGGAAGGAUCCCAAUGACUCACAAGCUUGUUUACUGGUUUGUAACAAGGCUCAGCACUUCUCAAGAUUCAACAAUUUCAAAAGAUUCAAAUCUUAUCAGACGAUCUUUAUUGGAAUCAAUGGAGGGUUUUCCAAUACAUGCAAUGGACAUGAUACGAAGUUGCAAGUUGAACUCUUUGCAUCAUACUGACUUGAAGUAUCGUCCGCCAUGGGAUUUGCUUCUUAACAAAUUCCAUAAAGGAACGAUAGUAGUUGCUGGCGACGCAAUGCAUGCCACUGGUCCAUUCAUUGCACAAGGUGGCUCAGCCUCGAUCGAAGAUGCCAUUGUUCUAGCUAGAUGUCUAGCACAAAAGAUGCAUAAUACGAAGAACAUGAUGAUAGGACGAUGUAUUGUAUCAGAAGCAUUCGAUAAAUAUGUGAAAGAAAGGAGGAUGCGAAUCUUUUGGCUCUCUUUAAAUACUUUCCUUGUUGGGAAAAAGCUUGAUACUAAAUCAUGGAUAGUGAGAUUGAUAGUCAUUGCAAUCAUGGUUGUUCUAUUCAGAGAUCGAGAUUGCCAUUCGCGUUAUAAUUGUGGAACUCUACGUGAAGAGGAAGGUGAUUACAUAUAAUUUUAAACAAUAAUCACAUAUCAUGGAGAAUUGAACAAUUGUAAAAUCAUAUAUCAUAGGCCACUAAACAGGAAUUCUAAUGAGAUUGAAGUCAUAAAUGUUUGAAAAUAAACCUAAGAGGCAAAAACCAGAUCAGAAAUGUUUUUGAAUAUCUCUAGACAACUAUCUCUCAAUUCUCUCGGUAGCAUCGUCAUCUCUAAUAAA